AUGCCCAUCCUGUUCAGCAUGAUUGCACGCGGCCAGACCGUGCUGGCCAAGUACGCGGACUGUCUCGGUAACUUUACCGAGGUGACGGAACAGAUCAUCCCGAAGAUACAGCUGAUCGAUCACAAGCUCACCUACUUGCACGGCAACUAUCUGAUCCACUACAUCUGCGACAACCGUAUCAUCUAUCUCUGCAUCACCGACGAUAAAUUCGACCGCUCGCGUGCGUUCCUGUACCUGCAGGAUAUUAACGAGCGGUUCAUAUGCAUGUACGGGCUGUCGGUGGCUACCGCCAUCACGUACGCAAUGAACACCGAGUUCGCCCGUACGCUAGCCGCACGAAUGCAUGCCAUGAACGAAUGUCUGGAGCAGGAUGAGAUUAGCCGCGUCAAUGGGGAAAUUGGCGAACUGAAGGACAUCAUGGUGAAGAAUAUCGAAAACAUCACCAACCGGGGUGAACGGUUGGAGCUGCUCGUUAACCAAACGGAAAAUCUCCGCAACAACUCAGUGACAUUCCGGCAAACAUCACGCAAUCUGGCCCGCACCAUGUUCUGGCGCAACGUGCGCAUGUACUUUCUCGUUACGGCCAUACUGCUGUUCGUGAUCUAUGUGAUCGUGAGCAUGGCAUGCGGUGGGCUGCUGUGGCAGAGCUGCAUUAACUCGUCGGGCGCCCCGAAACAACCACCAGCAGGCGGUUUGUAA